CUCGUAGCCAGAGCUCCUCCGAGUCAUUUAUUUCCAAGGACAGAUGUAGGAAGGAGAGGAUCAGGAGGAAACCAGGCAGACUCUGGAGCCGCCUAGAAUUCCUUUGCUGGAGAGGAGAAGAAAGGAAAGGAAAGGAAAGGAAAGAGAGGGAUCCUUUUUGGGGAGGCAUUUAUUUUCAUUUCAUUUUUAAACACACACCUAAAACCCUCACUUUUCCAAUCACCAAUACUUUGCAAUCAACACCAGCUCUUCUGCCACCAGAAAGGGCAGCAAGAACAACCACAAAAAAGGCCUCCUUCUUGUGUUGUUGUUUUUUGUUUUUUUCCUGAGGUUGCCUUGUAGAUUUUUUUCCCCUUUGUGUAUGUGUGAUUUUUGUGUCUAGGGGGAGAAGAGAAAGAGUGUCUUAAUUUUUCUAUAUUUUGUAAAAAAAAAAGCCAAACCAAACCGAGAGUAUUUAUUUUCAUUAAAAGAUCCAAAAUGUCGUCACUGGCAAAAGAUUUUAGCAAAGCAAUGUCUCAGGCUGGUACUUCCCCAUUCCAGGAAGCAAUUAGACAAGAGCUGGAAUAUGCCAUGAAAGUGGAAUUGGAUAAAAUACUUGCAACUGCACCACAGAAUGAACUGGAGCACACUAAGAAAGACCUGGAAGGGUUUAAAAAGCUCUUUCACAGAUUCUUACAAGAAAAGGGACCUUCUGUGGACUGGGGGAAGAUUCAGAGACCUCCAGAAGAUUCUAUACAGCCCUAUGAGAAGAUAAAAGCCAGGGGUUUACCUGAUAGCAUUGCUUCAGUUUUGAACAAGCUGGUUGUAGUGAAACUCAAUGGUGGCUUGGGCACCAGUAUGGGGUGUAAAGGCCCCAAAAGCCUUAUUGGUGUGCGGAAUGAGAAUACCUUCCUGGAUCUGACAGUUCAGCAGAUUGAGGAUCUAAAUAAAACCUACAAUACAGAUGUUCCUCUAGUUCUAAUGAACUCCUUCAACACUGAUGAAGACACAAAAAAAAUCUUGCAAAAAUACAGCCAUAGUCGUGUGAAAAUCUACACUUUCAACCAAAGCAGGUACCCACGAAUUAAUAAGGAAUCUUUACUACCAAUAGCAAAAGAUGUAUCUUAUUCUGGAGAGAAUACAGAGGCUUGGUAUCCUCCAGGCCAUGGCGACAUCUAUGCAAGUUUUUAUAAUUCUGGAUUGCUGGAUAAUUUUAUUGGUGAGGGGAAGGAGUAUAUUUUUGUGUCCAACAUAGAUAAUCUUGGUGCCACUGUCGAUCUCUACAUUCUUAACCACCUCAUGAAUCCACCCAAUGGAAAACGGUGUGAAUUUGUUAUGGAGGUCACCAAUAAAACAAGGGCAGAUGUUAAGGGUGGCACACUUACACAGUAUGAAAACAAACUGAGACUGGUGGAAAUAGCUCAGGUGCCAAAAGCACAUGUUGAUGAAUUCAAGUCUGUUUCAAAAUUCAAGAUAUUCAAUACAAAUAACCUAUGGAUUUCAUUAUCUGCAAUUAAACGUUUGCAGGAGCAAAACGCUAUUGAUAUGGAAAUUAUUGUUAAUCCAAAGACUUUAGAUGGUGGUUUAAAUGUUAUUCAGCUGGAGACUGCUGUUGGUGCUGCUAUUAAAAGUUUUGAGAAUUCUUUGGGAAUCAAUGUGCCUCGUAGCCGUUUCCUGCCUGUUAAGACCACAUCUGAUCUUCUACUUGUGAUGUCUAAUCUAUAUAGCCUUCACGCUGGAUCUUUAACAAUGAGUGAGAAAAGGGAAUUUCCUACUGUGCCACUGGUUAAACUGGGAAGCUCUUUCACCAAGGUUCAAGAUUACCUGAGGAGAUUUGAAAGUAUCCCGGAUAUGCUUGAAUUGGAUCAUCUGACCGUCUCAGGCGAUGUUACCUUUGGCAAAAAUGUUGCAUUAAAGGGAACAGUCAUCAUUAUUGCGAACCAUGGUGACAGGAUAGAUAUCCCACCAGGAGCAGUACUGGAGAACAAAAUAGUCUCUGGCAAUCUUCGGAUCCUGGACCACUGAAGUGAUGCAACCUGGUAAUAGUGGUUGGUGGCCAUCUCCUAGAACUUCUCAAGUGGAAGAACCCAUAGGCAUUAGAAUUGUACACAGGGGUCUACUUAGCUUAAUCACACACUGUACCCACAGUAUUAUUUUCUAAGUAGUUUUUCUGUAUUUUCUUCUAUUUGAAAAAAAAACAUUUGAGAUGCAAAUCUUUAGAUUAUACUGAACUACAGAAUCAUUAAAGUGCAAUAUUGUUUGUCUUAAGAAAAGACAGGCAGCUCUUGUGUAAGAAGUUUAACAUGUUAACAUGUAAUGUUCAAUACGUUUUAAGUUGCUAGUAAUUAAAAAAGCUGUGAAGCAAUAUGCUGUUAAGUGCAACAAUUCUAUGAAGUAUACCCAGAUGUUUUACUAUCAAGACAAGUAAAUUGUUGAAAGGUACACUACGUAACUCUUAACAUUAUUGCCUACUGUUAAUAUUUCAAGCUAUACCAUUCUGUGCCAUUCAUAGUUCCAUAUCUCACUUUCACUGUGCUCUAAGGAUGGAGUUAUUGCUCUCUUGCAUUUACCCAAAGAAAAGACAUCUACAAGAAACAUCUGAACGGUUACGUCUGUCACCAUUACACCACCCCCAUCAUCUAGCAUUUCUCUAACUAUUAAGAGCACCAUUUUACUUUUCAGUAUGGAAAAGAUCACUUCUGCAGCAUAUUCAUGUUUAUACAGUUGAAAUUGUGCGUUGACACAGAUGUGGAAACAAAAUUCCACAUGAAUGUGUACAAGUACUGAAAUAAAGAGUAUCAAUUUAUCUGGA